UACCCGGAAGUGUCGUGACAGAGGAGCACGGAUCAGCAGCGGUCAAAAACAAAAGGGGCACCAGCAUCUGCUCCUGUCUGCUCCAGGUGAGAUGUCCAAGUCACAUGACCCCUGGCAGGACGCCAUGGACCACGCUGUCGCUGUGGCCCGCAAAUCAGGAGAGAUGAUCCGUGAAGUGGUUCAGAAUCAGGACCAAUCCAGUUUGGUCCAGACCAAGUCAUCUGCUGUGGACCUUGUCACAGAAACGGAUCAGAAAGUGGAGAGGCUCAUCAUCCAAUCAGUGAAGAGCAAGUUUCCUUCCCACAGGUUCAUUGGGGAGGAGUCCGUUUCCUCUGGGGAGCCUUGUAUCCUGACUUCUGACCCUACAUGGAUCAUCGACCCAAUUGACGGCACCACCAACUUUGUCCAUAGGUAUCCAUUUGUUGGAGUGUGCAUCGGCUUCGCUGUCAACCAACAGGUGGAAUGGGGCGUGGUCUACAGCGCCAUCGAAGACAAAAUGUUCACAGCCCGAAGAGGACGAGGAGCCUUCUGUAACGGGCGCCCACUACAGGUGUCGACACAAACAGAUGUGCACAGGUCGAUGGUGGCCACAGAGUUUGGCUCCGACAGAGAUCCCCAAGUUGUCGACAAGAUCUUCAGCAGCCUCCACAAAGUCCUCUCUCUGCCGGUGCAUGGGGUGCGUGGGGCUGGCUCUGCUGCUCUGAACAUGUGCGCUGUGGCCAGAGGUUCUGUGGAGUUGUACUAUGAGACGGGGGUCCAUGUGUGGGACAUUGCGGCAGCUUCCGUCAUCGUCACAGAGGCCGGCGGCGUCCUGCGGGACACGACGGGGGGCGCUCUGGACCUCAUGUCACGUAGAAUCGUCGCUGCCAACAACGAAACCAUAGCAACAAGAAUUAUCGCGGAGCUGGAGGUGUACUCCUCCGAGAGGGACGACAGAGCGCCUGAUUGUGAACCCGAAUGAGGACCUCCCCACACACAGGCACACGCACACAGACAGGAGGACACCUCAGAGUAGUACACACACACGCACCCAUGCAGGAGAGCACCGCAGAG